AUGGCACAGUGUGGCGUGGAAUGUUGCUUACGACUGGCCUCCGGUGCCAUCCUCCUGCUGGUAGUGUGCCUGAUAGGAAUCCUUUUCAGCCUGGGUUCUACAGAGGAUGCAUGGCACCUGGGAUCCGUUGAGGAGGUGUGGAACGAUGUUGCUGGUUUGGACCUUUCCGCCUACUUCUUGGCCCUUCUGAUCGGGAUCCUCACCGUGCUCCCAGCCUUGAUUUGCCCAAGAGGGGCCUCGGAGGAGGAGGGGGCCAAACCUGAGCCGACAGGCAAAGCCCCUGGAGUGGCCACGCCGGCGCCCCCGGCGACCCCAGCACCAAAGCCGAAGCCGAAGCCGAAGCCAAAGCCGCUCAGCCCGAGGAGCCAGGCGAAGGAGCUGGUGGGUUCCCGCAUGAGCCCAGAACAGGCCCAGAAGGCCGCUGAGAAGAUUAUCUCUCUGCGGUCGUACGUGGAGCGAGCGGACCCGAUUAACCUGGACGAGAUGUGGGCCUUCUUUGAUAUGCCUGCACCGACAAGUAGCCGAUCCAUGGAUCCGUCGGAUCCGGUGAUGCAGACUUUGAAGGGGAAGCUGAACCGACAGCGACUGCUUUUCCACCCCGACAAGAACGGACAUCCUGAGGCCGAGAAGACCUUCAAGUUCUUGGAGGUCUGCCAUCAGAAGCUGAUGCGGGCCUACACUCGCCAGGGGGAGUCCGUCCACCAGCGCACAAGGAGAGAGGAGGAGGAGCUGAAGAAGGAGGAGGAGCGCCGCAAGAAGCAGGAGGAGGAGCGGCGGGCGCAGAUGGCCUUGAUCGAGAAGGAGGAGGAGGAGAGGGUCCGCCGGGCGGAAAUGGAGAAGCAGCGCUUGGAGGCGAUGCUCCAGGCAAAGCAGUUGGCCUUCGAAGCCAAAUGCAACAGCAACAGCCAGAUCCUCACGCGCUCCUCCUCGACCGAGCUGCCCGUCGCGGGCAUCUUCGCGAAGACGUGUGUUCUCUCCAAGAGCUUACUGGGCAGACAGGAGGAUGUGGAGCAGCCAGCGGCCCCUAUUGGCACGCUCAAAGUCCAGCUGCUACGUGCACGUGAUCUUCCCACCCCAGAGUAUUUCCUCUCUGGCUUCAACUUCGCAGAAGUGCGGGUCGGAGAGCAGAGCUUUCAGUCUCCCAAAGCUCCAGGGGAGAACCCUGUGUGGGACUGCAGCUUCAGCUACCAAGUGCACAGAGUUGACACAGUGCUGGGGGUGAGCAUCUUCCGGGAGGGAUGGUUUCAGGACUACGUCCUUGGGAAGCUGGAGAUCCCCUUUCUGGACCUCGAGGAGUGGUCCGGGCAUCCCAUCGGCCGCCUGCUCGAGCCGCCGGAAGAUGCUCACACUGACGCUGACGGCAUGCUCGUGGAGCUCCGCGCCUCCUUCGAGUGGUUCUGA